CUGGAACUACGAACUACGUAUUCCAAUGUCCGUAGGGAUCCGUCGCAUAUUCUCCGGGAUCCAGCCGUCCGGUGCGGCUCACCUUGGCAACUACCUGGGCGCCCUGCGGCAGUGGGCGAAGCUCCAGAGCAGCUCCGACAGCGUCCUCUAUAGCAUCGUUGAUCUACACUCCCUGACCUCCCUCCAGGCGCCUCUCCUGCUAAGAGAGAACAUACUGGCCAUGGUCACGUGCCUUCUCGCGUGCGGAGUGGACCCUAAGAAGAGCAUCGUCUUCCAGCAGUCACAAGUGUCUGGACAUGCAGAGUUGGCCUGGUUGCUGGGUUGCAGAACUCCAAUGGGAUGGCUGAAUAGAAUGACACAGUGGAAGGUCUCUGUCUCUAUUUCUUGCUCCUCCUCCCUCCUCCCCCCUCCACAUUCUUUUGGAUUCACACAUUAUCAUUCAAACCUGGCACUGUGGUUACACUCUUUCUCACAAUCAUGUGUUAUAUUUCUUGCAUUUUCUUUUUGCUGCCCCCUCCCUCUUUCUUGCCGUCCAAUUUCCCCCUCUCCCAUUCACUUAUUCACUGUCUAUGUUUAUCUUCCCUCCCUCCAUCAAACCUAUGUACUGUAUCUCUCAAUCUCUCUAUUCUAUGUCUAUCUUCCCUCCCUCCAUCAAACCUAUGUACUGUAUCCCCCAAUCUCUCUAUUCUAUGUCUAUCUUCCCUCCCUCCAUCAAACCUAUGUACUGUAUCUCUCAAUCUCUCUAUUCUAUGCCUAUCUUCCCUCCCUCCAUCAAACCUAUGUACUGUAUCUCUCAAUCUCUCUAUUCUAUGUCUAUCUUCCCUCCCUCCAUCAAACCUAUGUACUGUAUCUCUCAAUCUCUCUAUUCUCAGGCUAAGGCAAUGUCAGACAACACUAAUGUGGUAGGAUUGGGACUGUUUGCCUAUCCAGUCCUGCAGGCGGCUGACAUUCUGAUCUACAAAGCCAGUCAUGUGCCAGUAGGAGAGGAUCAACUACAACACCUGGAGCUAGCCAGAGACAUCGCCAGAUCCUUCAACUCUGCCUACAACACUCAGGUCUUCACUGAGCCUCAGCCAUUACUGGGCGAAGUCCAGCGAGUCAUGAGUCUAAGAAACCCUCUACAAAAGAUGAGUAAAUCAGACAACCAGGACAUGACUCGUAUAAACCUGACUGACUCGUCCGACGACAUCAGAAACAAGAUUAGGAAAGCCGUCACGGAUUGCACCGGAAGUGUGACCUUUGACCCCCACGAAAGGCCGGGAGUUUCAAAUCUCGUGUCUAUUUUUGCGGCCGUUAGUGACUCGACACCGGACAAAAUCUGCCGAAUGUUUGAAGGAAAACAGACUGUGCAUUUGAAAGACGAACUUGCGGAGCUACUGAUCAGCGAGUUGGCCCCUAUUCGUGAGGAAAUUAAUCGCCUUCAGACAGACAGAGGCUACGUGAUGGACAUAUUGAGAGAUGGGAGUGAGAGAGCGCGUGAGAUUGCAGAACCAAAUUUAGCAGAAAUAAAAGUGCUAAUGGGAAUAAAAUUCUAGUCAAUGUCAGAGUAAUACAAAAAUUAACGAAUGGGGUCUUGAUACAGAAAUUAACGAAUGGGGUCUUACUCAAUGAUGUUAGUGGAUGAAAAUAGUUGUAUAUAGGAAGGGAGGGACGUGCUGGACUAAUGUGUGAGGUCAAUGCUGAGGUACAUAGAGUAUAAUAGCAGUGAAUGGUGCUUUGCCAUAUAUAGUCACACAGUAGGAAGGGAACAGAAAGACGAAGAGCAAAACAGGAGAGAAGAGAGAAACAGGAAAGAAAAAUGGGAGGGAGGGUGAGAGGGAGAAAGAGAGUAUAAAGAGAAGGAGAGUCCACAGAGAGGUUAUAUAGGAAGAGGGGAGGAAGAGCUACUGUUGGUAGGGGCUGUCGUCCUCCUGAAUGGUGGACUGCUGCGAUCUCACUGGUGUCUUCCUCUCGUGAGAGGGCUGGAGAGAAGGAGGGACGAUGUGGGAGGGAAAGGGAAAGUGGGUUUGGUGUCCAAAGAAAAGCAUA